GCUAUCAGUCAGCUAGGGAAUGAUUAUAGUUCAUUAUACAGAACAUCGUGCAACUAGAAAUCUUUCAACGGGCUAAGUAUUUAUUUUAUUAGCCUGUCAAAAUGCCCACCAGGUACUUCGCUCUCCAGGACGUUGAGGCAAGGCCCAGUAUUGAUGAAAGUCAGACUGCGGACGUCUAUGAGGAUGGGAAAAACGAGUCAAAAGCCUUGGAUGGGGCAAGAAGCUCAAAGACCUCUAUCAUUAAAAGGCUUGCCAUGUUGAGUCUAUUCGCCAGUUAUACUGUUCUUAUAUUUGGACUUGGGCACGCCUCGAUAAAACCAGAUGAUCUGCAUGCUCAACCUUCAGCGGCACUGCCCUAUAUUCAAGAAAAGCACCUCCAGUCACUUCCACGAUUGUACGAUCAAUCAAUCACAUUCAACGGAACUCUGGACUAUCCAUCAAAAUUUCGAGGUGCACCAUCACCAGAUAUUGAUCGCGCAUGGGACCGUUCUAUCAAUCUUGGAGCAGUGAAUGUUUCAUUGUCUGAUGAUGAUAUGCGACUAUUAGGUAUGGAUCCAGAUACUUCAGUUAAGCUGCCUCCUGAGGAUGGAGGCGCAUAUCGACUUCAUUUUGAAUUUUCGCAUCAGAUGCAUUGUGUGAACUUUAUACGGAUGUGGACAUAUCAAGACUAUUACAAAGAAGAACAGGCAGAGUUCUCGGAUAGUCCAUCGACACAGCGCACUCACAUCGACCAUUGCAUUGAAAUGCUUAGACAGUUCGUCAUGUGCCAUGCGGAUACUAAUCUUGUUUCUGCGAACUGGGUAGCCGGGAGCAACUCGCCAUACCCCAACUUCAACACUAAACAUACCUGUCGGAACUUUGAUGCAGUUGUCGAUUGGGCAUGGGACCAUCAGAUAACCAUCAGACCACCUUCUAAGCCCGAAGGGGUAAAUACACUGUCAUUUCCACCAUAAGACAGUGUAGCGCGGUGAUUAUGGGCAAGGAAGAAGAGAAAAGAAAUAAACUCUCAUCUCUCUACACGGAGCGCUAGAAGAUUCCGGGGUCUUAUAAGUCACAUUCAUACUCUGAUAGAUUCAAAUGAUUUCCG